AUGUCCUGCAUCACCGAUAUCUGCCCGAUUUGUACUUUCGACGUGGCUAGGCUGCCAACCCUGCCCAAGCUCUCUGGGCGACUAUCAGGUUUGGCUAAUCUCGCGCUCACUCUACGGUGCACCGCAUACUAUUACCACGAAAUAGCAAGCAGUACUUCGAAAACGGCUGCCGCCAUGUUCGCGUCCAAGAGACUAGGGAAGGAGCUCCAGAAGAUGCACGACAAGCUACCACCUGGCAUUACCCUCAUCCAAGCCGAAGACUUCAAGACCUGGCUCGUGGACAUUCAGGUCAUGGACAAUAACCCGCUCUAUGCCGGAGAAACAUAUCGACUCAAGUUUGUCUUCAGCGACUCAUACCCUAUCGAAGCCCCAGAAGUCACCUUCGUCAAGGACGCCGAACAUCCCAUUCCCUGGCACCCGCAUAUCUACUCCAAUGGUAUCAUCUGUCUGGAUCUGCUCGACCGUUCAGGAUGGUCACCUGUUCAUAACGUUGAGAGCGUAUGUGUCAGCCUGCAGAGCAUGCUUACAAGCAACACGAAGAAGGAGAGGCCCCAGGGCGACGAUAACUUUGUGAGGUACAACACCCAGCGGCCCAGGGAUAUCAACUUUGUGUUUCAUGACGAGACGGUUUGA